AUGAAGGAGGAAGAGUUCAAUGAGCUCAAGCAGAAUCUAGACAACUAUACCCCCCUGCUUCCCGAAUCAGUGAUCGACUACUUUAUGGAAAAGGCCGGAAUGGUUACCUCAGACCAGAGUAUGAAAAAGCUUGUUUCCCUACUGGCCCACAAGUUUGUCACCGACAUCGCCAUCUCUUCCUUUCAGUAUCACAGAAUAAACCAGAAGGCUGCACAGAAGGAUAAGAGGUUUGCAAAAGAGAAGAAACCCACAUUCCAACUCAUAGAUCUUGAAAAGGCCCUUGAGGAGGUGGGAAUAAGCAUCUCAAGACCCCACUACUACAUGUAG